AUAUAUCAUUUGUAUAUGGUAAAGAGCGCAGUCACAAGUUGUUAAAUAAAAUCAAGUAUAAUGUCGAUAUAGUUAGAUGUGUGAAAACGCGGUGUUUCUAGAAAAACAAUUUCUACACAAUUUUAUUCUCUAAACGUAAGUGGAUAAAGUAAGAAGAACAAUUUAUUCAGAUAUACAUAUGAAUCCGCUCAACGACGACAACGAAAAAUCAAARGCAAAACAAAAGCCAAAGCGAACACGAAAACCGAUGCAGAGGCAAGCACCAGUAGCGAUUAAAAAACAGCUAGCUGAGCCAAACCGAAAAUAUGCCAACGCUUAUGUMAAAAUUGUGGAGCAACCGGCAAGUAAAGCUGUGAGAUUCCGCUAUGAGUGCGAAGGGCGUUCGGCCGGUUCUAUACCAGGUGUAAAUUCCACGUCGGCAUUGCGAACAUAUCCUACAAUCGAAAUUGUUGGCUACAAAGGUCGCUCGGUGUGUGUCGUUUCUUGUGUGUCCGCGGAUCCGCCAUACAGACCACAUCCUCAUACCUUGGUGGGUAAGGAGGGUUGCAAAAGUGGUGUGUACACGUUUAGUAUAAACGAGGUUACUAUGCGUGCCGAGCUCCAUAACCUGGGUAUACAGUGUGUUAAGAAAAAAGACAUUGAAGCCUCACUGAAGAUGCGUGAAGAAAUACGCGUUGAUCCGUUUAAAACUGGGUUUUCACACGCAACGCAACCGGGUACUAUAGAUAUCAAUUCGGUGCGCUUGUGUUUCCAAGUUUUUAUCCAAGGCGAAAGUGGUCAUUUCACGGUGCCACUGAAGCCCGUCGUCACCGAUCCCAUCUAUGACAAGAAGUCAAAGUCAGACCUCGUUAUUCGUGAGAUGUGCAGUUCGGGAACGGUGCUGGGCAACACGACAAUCAUGUUGCUSUGCGAGAAGGUGGCGAAGGAAGAUAUAGCGGUGCGUUUUUUCGAGGAGAAAAAUGGUGCUGUGGUUUGGCAAGCUUAUGGCGAGUUUGAACCCUCCAGUGUGCACAAACAAACCGCAAUUAGAUUGAGAACUCCACAAUAUCACAAAACCGAUAUUGAACAGCCGGUAAUGGUAUUCGUGCAACUACAAAGACCUUCCGAUGGUGCCGUCAGUGAGCCUUGCGAAUUCAAAUAUGAACCAGUCAAAAAGUCGCGGUUAAGACGUAAAUGUAGACUGACCGAUCUUACUAUGGCCUCGCUUAAAGUUAGUGAGCACCAGACGGUUACCAAUAAACCAUUACAAAAUAACAUUUGUCUUGUUGACACACAAGCAAAUUUGGACAAGUUUUUCAUAUCUGGUGAGAUGACACCAUCGCCAGAACCAUUGUCACCGUCCUCAUCAACCAGCAAAAGUGAUAUGUCGACAACUACUUCGCCUUACGGCAAGRUCACGGAGGUGAUUAACCUGGAAGCUGGUGCGGUGGACGUUCAAGAAACUCUCAAUGUUGAGACAAUUCCAACGACACUGGAAAUUCAUGAGGAGAGUAAAAUUUAUGCGGGUAACCAAAAGUCGCAAUUAUCAAAACUUCAAAAUAUGCACGACCAGCAACAACAUCCUCAUUUGGAUGAGCUGUUGCAGCAACCGAAACAGACACAAAUACAGCAACAACAAUCACAAGCACAUCAAUUGCCACAGCAAGAACAACAACCACAAUUACAACGACAUCAAUCUAUGUCGCUGCAGUUGCAAAUUAAGCAAGAACGACAACAUCCACCAMCGCUACAGCUGCAACAACCAAUUUUUCCGCUACAACAACUACUCCACCCUCAGCCACUUCAGAUGCCGUACCAGCAACAAGAGGUUCCUCAGCAACCGCAAACGCAGCUGCAGCAACAACAAUGGCGAUUGAUACAGCAAUUGCAACAACCAUUUCUUGGUGCUCCUGAAAACAUAAGCUGGGAAGAGAAAUUCGCCAGCAUUUUGGCUUUUGCCGCCGCAGCACUGAGCAAUAGUCCGCUCAACGUGCGACAAUUUCUUAAUGCCGCUGCUUCCAUGUCACAGAAUGGCCAGUAUAAUUUCGUUCAAAGCAAUAUACAGCAACAGCCGCUGCAGUCGUUUCCGCCGCCUGCUCCGCCUCAACAACCAAAUUCAUUUUUACCGCCUCAACAACAGCAACCAACACAACAAUUCCAACGACAWUAUAAGGUCGCUACGAGUACUCGUAGUAACGAUAAACCGUUGGUGGGCGAGGMCGAUGUAAAGAAUAACAGUAAUUCCGACACGCGUGGAGAGGCUUCYUCCAUAAGCCAGUUGCUGAAUUUGGAUAGUGAUCAAUUGGUACAGAUCUGCGAUGACACACUACUCGAUCAAACCAUCACUGAGGACUUCGAAYUGACGCCUUUAACGUUCAMAGUUUAGUUGUGUUCGAGYUARCUCAUACUUAUUUAAUUAUGUGUCUAAAACGAGGAGGUAAUACAAUAUCUUUUAGAUAAAUAUAUGCAAAUUAAAAUCACAACUAA